AUGGUCUCCUCCGCGGAGGUGGAUCAAGACGCACUCACACCCACAGCAGACGGUGGCGUGCCUAACGAGUCAGUGAAGAACACGCCUCAGCGUGUUGACGACGACAAGUCUGAUGACGGCCUGAAAGUAAACGAUCCUGAGCGGAACGAAGCCGAAGACGAGAGACAGCUGGUAAACGGUGGCGUUGUUAUCAGAGACGGUAACGAUGUCGCGAGAUACGUUGUCUCAACGCAAGACGACGGCGACCCAGCAUGCACAUUUCGAUCUUUCAUUAUCGGAUCUGGCCUCACUGCUCUCGCAGCGUGUAUUAACCAAAUUUAUUUUUACAAGCCAGUCGAAGUCUCCUUUGCUUCAGUCUUCCUCUGCCUAAUGGCCUACGUGAUCGGAGUCCUAUGGUCCGUCGCGCUUCCCCGGCGCCACCAUGUUGAGAAGUAUCUGCCAUCUCAAGCAAAAUGGCUAGGCCCUGUCGUUCACUUCAUCAAUCCUGGCCACUUUGGAUUGAAAGAGCAUGCGGUGGCCUCAAUCUUAUCCACAUCCAGUGGUAAUGGCGCAGCAAUUGUGCAGGUAUUUGGUGCCGAGCGACUGUUUUACAACCGAAGCACUGAUGCUGCUACUGCCAUCCUGACCGUGUUUUCUGCCUCAAUCUUUGGAUACGGUCUUGUUGGUCUUCUUCGAUCUAUUCUAGUUCAUCCAAGUGAAAUGGUUUGGUGGCAAUGCCUUCCGAUGAUAUCCAUAUACCAAACUCUCCACCGUGACCCUAAAGGAAACAACCGAGAACGCCUUCGUAUGUUCGGCUUCACAUCCAUCGGCAUGUUCAUCUGGGAACCGAUUGCAUCUUACAUUUGGCCAUGGCUGAACGGCAUUUCCAUUCCUUGCCUCGCUUCAAUGAAAGCCGCCCCCCCGACGCGAAAGGUUUUGAUGACGAUUUUUGGCGGUAUCUCAUCCAACGAAGGUCAAGGUAUCCUCAACUUCUCGCUCGACUGGCAGUACAUCACCUCCCGCUACAUGUCACUUCCCCUUCUGCAACAAGCCAACUCUUGGGUUGGAAUCGUGCUGUCUUACAUCAUGUGCUUCAGUCUCUACUACGGCGGAGCUUGGGGCGCCAAAAAGUUCCCUUUUAUGUCGACCGCCAUGUUUGACGAGAAGACUGGAAAGGUCUAUAACCAGACGGCAGUCUUUGGCCAAAAUGCAAUUUUAGAUGUGGAGGCGUUGGAGCGGCACGGCCUCCCGCGAUUGACCGCGACGAAUGUCUGGGCGAACAUGGCCGCGAUGGCAGCUAUUGGCGCGCUGAUCACCCAUAUCUCAUUAUUUUAUGGACCAUUGAUCAAGCGGUCGCUUAUACAGGCCUGGAAGAAGACCGAGACAGACCCUCAUUACAAGAUCAUGCAAGAGAAUUACAAGGAUGUGCCGAUGUGGUGGUAUUUCGUAAUCCUUCUGAUCGGCUUUUUCACCGGUCUCGGUGCCGUCAUUAAGGGGCACACUACUCUAGAUGCAUGGGCCUACGUUUGCGCUAUUCUUCUUGGGUGUAUCGUCGCGCCUUUCUCGCUCUGCUUGUAUGGCCUCCUUGGAACUAGUGUUGCAACCAACAACCUUUCCAAAAUGCUGUGUGGUGUAUUGCAACCCGGCAAGCCCGUUGCAAACUUAUACUUCUCGAUGUUUAGCCACGAGGUCACAGUGCUUUCCGUCUUUCUUUCCACCGAUCUCAAAAUGGCGCAGUAUCUCAAAAUUCCGUGGAGGACAAUGUUUCUUCUUCAGACUUGGGGCAGUUUGUUUGGAACUGCGCUGAAUUAUGUCAUUAUGGAUACCAUCGUUACCAAUCGUCGAGAGAUUCUUCUUGACCCUAUUGGAAACCAAGUCGUUAGUCACAAUCUCGAUCUCUCUGGGAGCUUGACUACCGGGUUACUGACAUAUAUCCAGUGGAGUGGACGUAAGAUCCAAUCUCUCAACACCACCGCAGUGACUUGGUCACUUGCGAAGUACGUCUACGGCUUCAACAAGGAUGGAUAUGGUUGGAUUCCCUUAUCCAUUGUUAUUGGCGCGGCAAUUCCUGUCAUUCUGUGGCUUGUCUCUCGCAAGUAUAAGACCAUCUACGCUUGGGAAGUCCGGAAGAUGGUAACUCCAGUGAUCUUUCAUAACGCGUCUGACACGACCUCUGGCACAACUUCAGUCAUUUGGUCCCAAGUUGCCACAGGCCUGUGGUCUCAAUGGUACAUGCGCUUGCGCCAUCCGGCGUGGUUCGGCAAGUAUAAUUACAUCGUUGGUGGUGGCCUUGACGCCGGUGCUAAGGUCAUGAUGUUUAUUCUGACUUUUGCCGUUGCUGGCGGCUCUGGAAAGGAGGUUCCUUUUCCUAAGUGGUGGGGCAACCCAACGUCGACCUCGAAGCAAUACGCCGAUUAUUGUGGUACUGGCUAA